AUGAGGAGGGCGGAGAAGAAGGAUCGAGUCAAUAUUUUCUACGUCUUCGAGGACCUGGCGAAGAACCCUAAGACCGCCGGCCGCACCUUCCUCAUCAUCCCCAAGGACGAAUCAAAUCCCGGUCAGAAGACGGAAUGGACGUACGUAGAGGCGUACGAGAUUGUCCUCAAACAUGCCGCUUGGUUGAAGAACGAGCAGCAUGUCCAAAAGAACGAGAUCAUCGCCAUGAACUUCAAGAAUGGCCCGGAGUUCAUCUGGAUCUGGUUCGCUUUGUGGAGUUUGGGUGCGGUGCCGGCGUUCAUGAACUACAACCUUCGUGAUUCGGCCUUCAUCCACUCCGUGACCGUGUCCACCGCACGACUCUUGCUCGUUGGGUCGCCGCUGAAGGACUGCCUUACCGACGAAGUGCUUCAGGCAUUUACACCCGAUAAGAAGGGUCGAGCUGUGGAUGCGGUAGUGCUCGAUGCAGACGUCCAGCAGCAGAUACUCGCGCAGACUCCCUACCGCGCUCCCGACGAGGCGCGAUCAGGUGCCAUGUCAAGCACACCAGCAAUGCUCAUCUACACAUCUGGCACGACCGGCUUACCCAAGGCAGCAUCAGUGCAAUGGUCCAAGCCAUGGUCAGGCGUGAAGCUAUUCUCCACCCUCAUCGGACUCAAAAAGGACGACCGAUACUUGACCGCCCUUCCCCUGUACCACAGCUCUGGCUCCGUCCUCGGCGUCCUGCAACCACUCAACACCGGCGCAGCUGUCAUCGUCCUCCCAUCAUUCAGUCCGCGCACCUUCAUGCGUCACGUGCACGAGACCAGGGCAACGGGAAUCCAUUACAUUGGUGAAAUGUGCAGAUAUCUGGUCGCUGCUCCACCAACCCCGUAUGACCAAGCACAUAACGUCCGCUUCGCAUUCGGCAACGGAAUGCGUCCAGAUGUGUGGCAAAAGUUCAAGGAUCGGUUCAACAUUCCAACCAUUGUGGAGUUCUACGGUGCCACCGAGGGCGCCGGAAGCUCCUACGUCAAUUCCCGCAACUCCUUCUUGCGCGGCGCGAUCGGGAGACAAGGCACGCUGCUGAGGAUGCUCCCUGGGCAGCUCCUUGUCAAGCAUGAUAUGAACACCGACAUGCCGUAUCGCGAUCCGAAAACGGGCUUCUGCGUCAAGUGUGCGUUUGACGAGGCCGGCGAGGCCCUGGUCGUGCUUGAUCCUAAUGAUAUAGCGGCCAGAUACGUGGGGUACUUCGGCAACGACCAGGCCACCGACAGCAAAAUCCUGCGAGAUGUGCUGAAGAAGGACGACUGUUAUUACAGGACGGGCGACCUACAAAGGCGAGACGCCGAAGGGCGUUUGUGGUUUGUGGAUCGUGUUGGCGACACGUUCAGAUGGAAGAGCGAAAACGUGUCGACACUCGAAGUCUCGCAAGCAAUGGGUGAGCAUCCCAAAGUGAGCGAGGCAAACGUGUAUGGCGUCGAAGUGCCCAACGCCGAUGGGCGAGCCGGCUGUGCUGCGAUUGUGCUGGCGGGCGAGCAGAAGAUGGAUGAGAAUCUGGCUCGCGAUCUCGCUGCCCACGCGAAGCAGAAGCUGCCGCUUUAUGCUGUGCCUCUAUUCUUGCGCUUGAUGAAGACUGUGGAAAUCACAGGCACGCUCAAGCAUCAGAAAGUCCAAUUAAGGAAGCAGGGUGCCGAUCCGGAACACAUUGGAGAGGACGAGAUGUACUGGUUGGAGCGUGGCGCCGACAAAUAUGUAAAAUUGGGUGAGCGCGACUGGAAGCGGAUUGUUGGGGGUGAGGCGAAGCUAUGA